CCAUCGUCUUCCGCCAACGCCCGCUGAUUCUGACCAAAUCUUCAACCAGGAGGACCAAGCGGCCGAGAUUGCCCUGACCUUGGUGGCUUCCUUCCAAGCCAUGGAGAAGAAGGUGGAUUUGCACACAAGCCGCCUGCUGGACCUGGAAGGCAGAACCGGGACAGUGGAGAAGAAGGUUCUGGAUUGCGAGAAGACGACGGGAGAGAUCAGCAGCCAGCUGGAGAGCAAGUGGGCUGCCCUAGGGACCCUCAUUCAGGAAUACGGCCUGCUGCAACGCCGCUUGGAAAACAUGGAGAACCUAUUGAAGAACCGCAACUUCUGGAUCCUGCGCUUCCCACCAGGCUCCAAGGGCGAGACCCCGAAAGUGCCGGUGACCUUCGACGACAUGUCAGUGUACUUCAACGAGAAGGAAUGGGAGAAACUGGAAGAAUGGCAGAAGGAACUCUACAAGAACUUGAUGAAGGGCAACCACCACUCCUUGGUCUCUUUGGAUUAUGCCAUUUCCAAGCCAGGUGUGUUGUCUCAGACUGAGCGGGCGACUGACUCCUGUCAUGAAGACAAUGGGGACUCAGAAGAGCAGGGAAGACUUCCUGACGCCACAGCAGCUGGCAUCAGGGUCAUGAUCAAAACGGAAGAGCCGCAUUCCGAUGAAUGUCCCAGAGACUUGGAGCCGCAUCAGUUGUCUGGCAGUUCAGAGGGCGAUUUCCAGGGUCUGGACCCUGAAGCUCCCUGCGGCAGCCCCUACAGCACCGCCACCCUGCUGGGAAACUUCGCUGGCAACAAACUGGAGGAACGAAGCGAGUAUGACAUGAACUUCGGUGAGAUCAAGAGAGUUACUGUGCAGCACAGCAACUGCACGGAUGACGGGAUCGUAAUCAAAAUGGAGGAAGAAGAAGAGGAAAAGGAGGAGGAGGAAGAAGAGGAAGAGGAGGAGGAGGAGGAAGACCCUGUCUGUUUGGAGAAUCGGCAGUUGUUUUCGUCCCACGUCGAGCCGCCCUGCUCGCUGACUUGCAAUGUAGAGGUUCUCCAGGAGGAACAGAGGGUGACCAAGCCACCCCGACCCACCGUGGGGAUCUGCGCCCCGCUUUGUGAGAGAGACAAUAGCAUUGAAACGCGACCGGUCAUGCUGCAGCAGCGAAACCGGACGCGUGAGCGGCCGUACAUCUGUCCGGACUGCGGCAAGAGCUUCAUGCUGCGGAUCAACUAUAUAAUCCAUCAGCGUAACCACCUCAAGGAGGGGCCCUAUGAGUGCCACGCCUGUGACCUAAGCUUCCGCAUCAAGCAGCAAUACCUCCUGCACCAGCGGCUGCACACGGUGCGACGGGUGGCUCCUCCGCCCCGCCGCGGACAGCCGUACCCUAACAAGCAUAGCUUCAAGCAACAGCCUCAGCCACCCCCACCACCCGGCAAGCCCUACAAGUGUAGCGAGUGCAACAGCAGCUUCAGCCACAAGUCAAGCUUGAGCAAGCACCAGAUCACGCACGUUGGCGAACGCCCGUACUCGUGCGACGAGUGCCGGAAGAGCUUCCGGCUGCAGAUCUCACUGGCCAUGCACCAGCGGGUGCACGCCGGCAAAACCGAGCUCUCCUUCAUCUGUCCUCAGUGUGGGAAGACCUUCAGUCGGCCGUCUCACCUGCUGCGACACCAGCGGACUCACACGGGCGAACGGCCAUAUAAGUGUAGCCAGUGCGACAAGACGUUCAGCGAGAAGUCAAAGCUGACCAACCACUACCGGGUGCACACCCGUGAGCGGCCCCAUGCCUGCAGCGAGUGCGGCAAGGGUUUCAUCCGCAAGCACCAUCUGCUCGAGCACCAGCGUAUCCACACGGGCGAGCGGCCGUACCACUGUGCCGAGUGUGGGAAGAAUUUUACCCAGAAGCAUCACCUACUCGAGCACCAGCGUGCGCAUACGGGUGAGCGGCCGUACCCAUGUACGGAGUGCGCCAAGUGCUUCCGUUACAAGCAGUCACUCAAGUAUCACUUGCGGACACACAUGGGGGAGUGAGGGGGAGUCCCUGUUUCCUGCCCCCCCUUCCCCCCCAAAGCCAGCCCCGGUAUUCAGGGACAGAGGACUUAAUUGAGGAGAGGGUGAAGGACUUUCUGCAGAGAUACCUACCUCUGCCCAAUGGAGCACUGAAUCGGGGUCCCUCCCUCCAAGCCAGUAAUGGGUUUCUGGCUCAACUAACCUUCAUCUCUUCCAGCACUGUAACCUUGAUGGACACAAACUAUCUUCUCCAAGCUUCUGGCUUCCUUUGCUUCCUCCCCAUUCUGUUCUUUUUGAUAAUAAAUGUGCAGCCUGAUUUAUUUGGUAAGCAUUUGCUUAAACUUCUGGCUUUCUUUC